AUGGGAGAGAAAGUCUAUGGUCGGAGCGGCUUCCUAUCUUUAGGCAUGCUUUUGUGGUCCUGCUGCCGCCGACGACAAGCAAUGACUCUUGCCACCCAAGACACAGGGGCAAAGCCGACCGCCGGCACGGGUGGCAGCGGCCGCGCUGCAGGCUCUCACUGGAAGUCGGCAGCCUGCGAUGCGAAGCUGAGCCGCCUAAGCAGUCCUUGGAUCGCCUACCUGUUCUACUCUCCCACACGCUCCUCCAUCGUUGGCGUGGCCCAACGCGACGAUGUGGAACGUGACCUCCGGUGGCACAACGGCGCAGCCCCCGAGCGUGAGGCUCCGACCGAGACGAAGCUGCUCAGGCCAUGGCGGAUAGCCGAGUUUCGAGGCUUCGAGAGCCAGCGCUCAGCCUCUGCUUUUGCCUGGCGCGUGAGCCAUGCCAGCGGUUUCCGCGCACGGCGCGCCGCAAUGCUCGCUGACUUGGGCGAUGAGGCAGACAAUGUGACACAGCUGCCGCUCUCGAAGGCUCUCGACUCCUUGACUUACGCUGAAGUUGAGUUCUGCCACCCAGCAGACUCCUCCCGCUGCGCCACCGUGCUGGCGAUGGUGGACACAGGCUCCAACGACUGCGAUCUCAACCAGGCUGUAAUCGACCAGCUCCGACUGCCGUUUGCGCGGGGUCAUGGAAGAACUGUCGUGGAGACCUCCGCCAACAAGUUGGUUGAGGUUCCCAUCUACAAGGCAAAAGUUCGUCUGCUGGGCCGCGAGGCAGUGGUGGAGUUGAACCCUGCCGAUGCGGACUACGAAGCCAGGGGAGGUGGAGUGGCCACGCCUGCGGAAGAUGACGUGGACAAGGAGUUUGAUUUCGCCGCCAGCACGGACGAAGCGGUGAUUGGUGCAGACGCAUUGGCCUCCUUGGGGCUGAUUGUGGAUUGCAGUCAGAGAAGGAUUCUCCGUGACGAUGACAGCGAGCUGAAGCCCUGGAAGCUUCAGGGCACGCCGGCCCUGCCCCGGAAGGGAAGCCGAAGUCAUUGCCUGCAUGUGAAGCUGCGUUUCCGCAACCCUGCUCGGAAUGGAGCUCACAAGGAGCUUGCGGUCAGGGCUCUGGUCGACUCCGGAUCCACGGAUGCAGAGCUGAAGCGCGAACGGAUCAAAUCUCUGGGCCUUGCGGUCGACGAGACGGAGAUCCCCGCACAGUUCGAGACGGCUGGCGGCGUGACUAUUGAAGCGCCCAUCUACCGCACCAUUGCGAGCCUGGCAGAUCGAGAGGCUCUUGUGCGUGUGAGCCCUUCAGAAGAGGAUCUUGAUGAAGAGGACAGCGAGGAAGAGAGCGAGGAGAGCGACGGUGUGUCUGGCUCCGACAUCGAGAGUGACGAUGGCGAGGAAGCCUUAUUGGGCCAUGAUGCUUUGGCGGCCCUGGGUCUGCUGGUAGACUGCGGCAAGAGGAGGUUGCUGAAGGCACCACCCCCCGAG